AUGAAACAGCACCAGAAGGACCUGGCGGCAUUUUCGGCGGUAACGCUGGCAACAUUGUUCGCGCUCGUCAUCAUAGUGGCCGCGGACGAGAUUCGAGACACGCGCGAAGGCGAAACGGUGUCGCUAAAGUGUCGCUUCAGCGAGCAAUCUGUUUCCAGCGAUUUCUCCUACUAUUGGGCACGCUCGACGGGCAACAAAUUCGACAAUGUUGCCAUCAAGGACGUCCAGCUUAACACGAACUACAGAAUCGACUUCCGACCCGAGCAGGGUAUUUACGAUCUCACCAUCAUGAACACAUCGUACAGCCGGGACAAUGGGCGGUUCGAGUGCCGCAUCAAAGCCAGCGGUACUGGAGCGGACGUGCAUCAGGAGUACUAUAAUCUGACCGUCCUGACACCGCCCCAGCCACCGUUUGUCGAACCGGUCGAGCUGUUGGCCACCGAAGACGAGAAGUUCGAUCUGACCUGCAGCAGCAUAGGAGGUUCACCGGAUCCGUCCAUCACGUGGUAUCGCGUGGGAUCGGAAAAACCACUCAAGGCCACCUUGGCCAAGGGCGGUUCGAAGGAACUGCGCACCUCGGGCACGCUGUCGAUUGUACCACGCCGCGAGGACGAUGGUGCCAAGUUCCGUUGCGUCGUCUGGAAUCGUGCCAUGUCGGAGAAGGACAAGCUGGAAACGACGGUCACCCUGUCCGUAAGAUACUAUCCACGGGUGAAAGUGGGCCCGGAAAAUCCUCUGCGUGUCGAGCGUGACAGUACGGCCAUUUUGGAGUGUGCCGUGGACUCGAAACCGAAAGUCCCGAAUGUGCGAUGGAUGCGGAAUGGACGACACAUCAGCUCAUCACCGUCCCACUCCAUACAGCGCGUUUCGGUGCAGGAUGCUGGUAACUAUGCGUGCUCAGCGGACAACGGAUUGAGCAAGGUUGGUGAGCAGAUCAUCACACUGGACGUGCUGUACGCGCCGAUCGUGGUGAUCGAAUCGAAAACUUGGGAGGCUGAGGAACGCUCCACCGUCACGAUCCGGUGUAAUGUCACCUCGAAUCCACCACCGGUGUCGAUCGAAUGGUUCAAGGAGGGAAGCGCAGACUUCCGUUAUGCCGGGGACAUUCUGCAGUUGCGUGACGUGAAGGCUGAACAUGCUGGUCGGUACGUGUGCCGGGCAGUCAACAUGAUGAAACCGUACAAUGGGAAGAUUGUUGAGCGAGUUGGUAACUCCACUGUGGCGUUGUUGGUGCGUCAUCGUCCUGGGCAGGCGUACAUCAACCCAAGCAAACCGGUGGUACACGUGGGCAAUGGCGUUACGUUGACGUGUUCAGCGAAUCCUCCCGGAUGGCCUGUGCCGCAGUUCCGCUGGUAUAAGGAUGCCGUCGGAGAAUCGAAGACGAUCCUGGCACAAGGUCCACAGUACGUGAUUCCACGGGCACAUCUCGGUAGUGAAGGUAGCUACCAUUGCCAUGCCGUGAAUGAGUUGGGCAUUGGACCGAUGGCAACGAUCAAUCUGGAGGUUCAUCAACCUCCACAGUUUAUCGGCAAAAUGCAGCAGCACAUGACGAAGCGUGUCGGUGAUACGGACUUCUCGGCUACCUGCCAUGCUAAGGGCAAACCGCGACCGAUGGUACGAUGGUUGAAGGAUGGUCGCGACAUCACGACCGAUGCCAACAUGUACCGUAUCAGCACGAACAACAAUGACGGACUCAGUGGUAUGGUGACGGUGCAGAGUACGCUCCUAUUCCAGGGUAAGGCUCGUCCGCACAAGAACCAACUGCUUCCGAGCGAUCGAGGCACGUACACGUGUCUGUUUGAGAACGAGGUUAGUACGGCGAAUGCGAGCAUGAACCUGCGCAUCGAGCAUGGACCGAUCGUGCUGCAUCAAUACAACAAGGUGGCGUACGAGAUCCACGAAAAUGCGGUGGUAAUGUGCCGCGUGCAAGCUUAUCCUAAGCCCGAGUUCCAGUGGCAAUUGGGUACGAAUACGGCCGCCCUUUCGAUGUCCUCGGACGGGCACUACGAGAUCAACACCACCACGGACAACAACGACAUCUACACGAGCGUGUUACGCAUCAACCGAGUUAAGCACGAGGAUUACGGUGACUACACGUGUCGGGUGGGGAACUCGAUCGAAACCAUACGUGCACCGAUCAGGCUGCAACCGAAAGGACCUCCGGAAAAGCCGACCAAUCUCGGGGUGGCCGAUGUGGGCUCCAAUUACGUCUCGCUCGUUUGGGAUCCGGGCUUCGACGGUGGCAUCACCAAUACGAAGUUCUUCGUGUCGUACCGCAAGGUCGCGAUCCCGCACCACGAUCAGGUGAAGGAAGACUGCGGCAUCGUGCAGCAGGUCAGCUCGGAAUGGAUGGAGUACGACUGCCAGCGUGAUGUACCGUGCAGUGUGACACCACUCGAUCAGUACCAGAGCUACGUGUUCAAGGUGAAGGCGAUGAACAGCAAGGGCAACUCGGAACCAUCUAACGAAGUAGCCACCACUACGAAAAUCAGCAAGAUCCCCGUUCCAUUGCACGUGGGCUUUGAUCCGGAUACGAAGCAGCUUGGUUUGAACGUGGGAGCCACCUGUUUGGCGCUGAUCGCCGUUGUGGAAACGAUCGGUUUCCACGAGAGCCCGAUCGCAACGUGGCAGAUUGUGCAAUCCAUCCAGCUGGAUGUGUCCGGAAGUGGACCAACGUACAAGGAGCAGGUACUGGAGAACAUGUACUCGGCUCGGCGCUCUAGUGGUCGAUCAAUGGCCAACGAUGACGAUUUUCCGAUGGCCCUCGAGGAGGAAAUUCCACCGAAGGUGCGCGUAAAGCUGUGUCUGCGAUCGAGCCAUGAGUACUGCGGCGACUACAUGGAUGCUGAAAUUGGUCCAGCUCUCAUACACGAUUCCGCCUUCAUCGCUACUCCGACGCUGAUUGCGAUCGUCGUAUCGUGCGUAGUGUUUGCGCUGUUCGUUGGUCUCAUGCUAAUGUUCUGCCGAUGCAAGCGCAAUCAAACGAAGAAAUCCAACCAAUCGAAGGACUACGAAAUGGACUCGGUACGCCCGUCCAUUGUCGCCCAGCAAAGUCAAGCUCCACCACCGUACUACCCAACAACCACCGGGCUCGACAAUAAAGCCCUCGAACACUCGAUGGACCUUGCUUUGGCGCUUGAGGAUCAGAAGACCUCCGUCUACGCGACGCACAAUGGUUACGGCUAUCACACCGGAACGAGCAUACAAGUAGCCGGUCACAGCCUGCCAAACAAUGAAUGGGUCACGAUGGGCUACACGGAAAACAGCUACACCAACUCGAACAACGGCGGCAGCGUCAAUUCGCAGGAUUCCAUUUGGCAGCUAAAAGGAGCACCACAGGGUGGCCCCACAACCGUAACCAUCGGUCUGCAACCGCUAUCGAUGGCCAGCUUACACGGUGGUGGUUCCGCGUACGCAACCACCACAACCACGACGACGGCAGCACCCGGUCCAGGAACGGCCGGACUUGCGGCCUACGGAUACGACCCAAUCGCAUCGCACUCGAACGUGUACGGCGGUGCGAUGACGAUAGGAGGUGACGAAUAUAACCAAUAUCCCCACCAGGCGGGCACUCCAAGCCAGCACGGUGGCGAAGACGAUUACCUGCACCACCUUCAUCAUCAACAGCAGCAGCAACAGCAGCAGCACCACCACGUGGCGGCAAUGCGCCAAAGCCAGAAUCCCUCCCGGCAGCAGGAAUAUUGCGGAGAUUCCUACGCGUCUGUACAUAAAGCAAAGAAACGAUUAGACCAGCCAUCGCAUUUCGAUUCAUCAUAUCACGACGUUAGCGGUCUGCCGGAUCCCUAUUUGGACCAGCAGCAGCAGCAGCAGCAGCAGCAGCAACAGCAACAGCAACAGCAGCAGCAACAUCAGCUGCAUCAGCUCGAUCAGGAGGAUAGCAAAUCACUGCUCCAGCUCAACCACCCACAAGACCACGGUAGCAUACACCUGCACGCACAGCAGCAACCGCAGCCGAUCUACGAGGACAACCUGGAGAGCGGCUACUCGACACCGAACUCGCGGAAUCGUCGCGUCAUACGGGAGAUAAUUGUCUGA